CCGCUGUAGCUGAGCGUCAAUGCAAUAGUCACUGGAAAACUUGUUUUCCUAGGAUGUCGUUGUUGUUUGCAAACAUCAUCACUAUCAACAAUUUGCUUUCACACAACACUUUUCACUUUCAUUCGCGAUACGGCGGAGAGUUUACGUGGCAGCAACGCGGAAAAUUUACAUUUAUUUAAAUUUCAUAACAGAGCAACAACAACAAAGUGGUUUAAGAAAAGUUAACGUACAUACAUAUAACAGUUUGUAGGCGUAUUCCUAAAGCAGAAUGUCCACACCGGAAGAUUUCUACAAGAACGCGGAGAUUUUCGUAACGGGCGCUACUGGCUUCGUGGGCAAAACACUGUUGGAGAAGUUGCUUUGGAGUUUUCCACAAAUCGCACACAUCUACAUCUUAAUACGCGAAAAGAGCGGACAGACGGUGGCGCAACGUUAUCACGAUUUUGUGCAGCAUAAAAUUUUUGAACGCCUGCGCACACAUUAUCCGGAGCGGCUGGAAAAACUGGUCUAUCUCAAGGGUAACAUUGAGUGUGACGAUUUCGGCUUAAGUCCCUCGGACCGUGGUCGCUUGUGUGCGCGUGUGCAGAUAAUUUUCCACAGCGCGGCCACAGUGCGCUUCAAUGAGCGCUUGAAAGUUGCCGCACGCGUGAAUGCUAUCGGUACUUGGCAUCUGCUGGAGUUAUGCAAGGAAAUGCCACUGUUGAAGAGCUUCGUCUACGUUUCUACGGCGUACUGCAAUCCGGGGCGUAAGUUCGUCGACGAAUUAAUAUAUCCCACUCUACCGCCGGUCAAUUGGCGAAUGUUUGUUGAUUGCACCAAUAAGAUACCAGAUGCGUACUUCAAUAGUUUGGCCAACUAUAUAAAGGGUCCACAUCCGAACACAUACACCUUUACGAAAUCGAUCGCCGAGCAAAUUGUGAAUGAUUAUAAACAGUGCAUACCAAUUGUAAUCGUACGUCCAUCGAUCGUGACAGCAGCACAUCGUGAACCAUAUCCCGGUUGGAUCGACAAUAUACAAGGCAUCACUGGCAUUAUGAUGGAAAUCGGUAAGGGUACAAUCAGCAGCAUAUUAGGUGAUAAGGACAUUAUUUGCGAUAUAAUACCAGUGGAUUUUGUGGUCAACACAUUAAUAUUAAUGGCACAAAAGGCCACAUUGGGCAGAGUUUACAUUUCCAACGCCACAUCGGGUGUUACGAACCCAAUCACUUGGGCGCGUCUAGGCUGUCUGACACUGAAGUGGUCGCGCAUCUAUCCGACCAAGCGCAUUUUGAUGUACCCGAACUUCAAAUACCGAAAAAGUUUCAUGUUACACGAAAUCGCCGUUAUUCUACUACACUAUGUGCCCGCUUUACUGAUGGAUCUGUUGACACUGUUAAGGCAAAAGCGAAAAUUUAUUUUGCCGAUAGCGAAAAAAUUUAGACAAGCUUGCUUGGCAGGACGCACAUUCUCGCUGAAUGAGUGGAUUUUCAAAAACCAAAGUCGUAAUUACUUUCAAGAAAUGUUGCAGCGUAAAAGCACACAUCAUUUAUCAUGGAACUUGGAAACGCUGGACUAUGAUAACUAUAUAAGAGAGUUUGUAAUUGGCAUACAAAAGUAUCUGCAUCGUGAGCGCUUUCAGGAGAAUGCCAGCAAAUGGAAGAUCACACGUUUAUACUGGACCUGGAUGUUUAUGCAUAUAUUUAUAGUUUUAUCAGCUAUUUACUGUCUGUUUUAAAUUGAUCUAUAUUUAAAUAGAAAUCAAAGUUUGUAAUAACAACAAAUAUAUU